UACGAAUUUUGAUUGUUUAGUUUUCUGGAUUUUUCUCCAUCCUCUGUUGAUUUCUACUUUUUGUUUGUUUGUUUGUUUGCUUUGUUUCUCUGUGUUUCACGCCGCACUACGCUCCAGCUUUCUCUUUGUUUUUCCGUCAGAAUCAGAUUGCUUUUUUCCAGGAAACUCGAUCCAGAUUUCUUACUUUUUUUCCCUUUUUAGUCGCUUUAAGAUACGAUUCAUCUGUCGCCUGAUUCGCUUCGUCUCCUUGAUUUGAUUUUAGAUAUUCAAUUUCCUCUGUUUUAGUUACUUUUUGCGUUCGCUGUGAGGAAGUUUUUCCAGAAACUGGUUAAAGCGAUAAUGCAUUUCGUCGUCGUUUUCUUAAAUUUUAGAUUUUCCGGUAACAGUCAAAUCGACGCAGACGGAACAGAGAAGAAGACGAGAGUCAGCUUCAUCAUCUACUUUAGGUUUCCGACGUCUAAGCACAUGAACCGACGGCGACUUUUGGUAUCGGCGACACUUGUCUCGUACUUGCUCUACGGCAUGGCUUUCGUCUCCGUUGAAGCCUCCGGUGGUACUAAAAUCAAACGUGAAAAGCUUAGAGAAUAUCUGGAUUUGACUAAAACGACGACGUUGUCACCGAGCUCAUCACAUCGGAAAAUGCUUCUUCUCUCUCCUGGUCCUGAAAAAGGAAAAGCAGAGAGCAGGGCAGAGCCGGAGAGAAUCGGAGAUAAGUGCAAGAGUACGGACAUAGUGGUGAACCAAGCAGUAACGGAGCCAAUGCCUAACGGAAUACCAGGUUACAUGGUAGAGAUAACGAACCAGUGUAUGUCUGGAUGCAUAAUUUCGAGGAUACACAUCAACUGCGGUUGGUUCAGCUCGGCUAAGUGGAUAAAUCCAAGAGUCUUCAAGCGUAUUCACUACGACGACUGUCUCGUCAACAACGGCAAGCCUUUGCCUUUUGGCUCCACUCUCUCUUUUCACUACGCCAACACUUUCCCUUACCAUCUCUCUGUCGCCUUCGUGACCUGUUCUUAGGUGGUGGCUUUUCUUUUAGUUUUGCUUAUAGGAUGAGAUAGUAGAAACAGAGGGAAAUUAAGAGGCCUUACUAGAUACGGAAAUAUGAGAUUAGUCAUAUUCAUACGAUACCAUCCACUUUUGUUUUUUGGUUCUCUUGGGAUGUGAAACAGUGAUAGAUAAAUGAAUAUAUCAAACUCUUUUUUCCC